AUGGAUAAUUACACCAGUGAUGAAGACAUAGACAAUGAGUUUGACACCCAGCUCAUCAUUCAACAGAGUUUACAGGAUAUUCACAAGCCGGAAACUACACAGCAGUCACCUGAAGAUGAGAGCUUUUUGAUUGCAGACUGUAAGAGGAUAGUUGAAACAAUAGAGACAGGUAAGGAAGAUGUAUUGUCAGGGUUGACCAAGUACCAUUCUGCUUUUGAUGAAGCAGAUGAGAUAGGCUGGCUUCCUCUCCAUAAGGCUGCAGUGCAAUUAAAUAAGAACAUUUUGGAAAUAACCCUGAAAGCUUCAAAACCCAGUGUGUGGGAGCAAACCACCAACAAUGGUGAAACACCACUUUUUUUGGCUGUCAGCCAUUGCCUCUUAGAAAAUGUCUGUUUUCUUCUUCUCAAUGGCUGCAAUCCAAAUGCCAAGAAUGUCGAAGGCAAUUCUCCUCUUCUUACAGCUGUUCUACAGGACUCCUACGAUAUGGCCGCCUUGCUGAUCAGCCAUGGAGCAGAUGUCAAUCUGCGGUGUGUCAAUGAGAAGACAGCUCUCCACGAAGCAGCCAGGCUGGGCAGACGGGACAUAGUGAAGCUCCUGCUGGUUUCUGGGGCCCACCCUGACCCAAAGAGCUCCUACGGAUUCACUCCUCUUGCUCUUGCUGCCCAAAGCGGACACACUAAAACCAUGGAACUAUUACUGCAGAAAGGAGCUAAUGCUCUUGGUCAGGCCUCUGAUUCUUCUUCCAUCUUACUUGAAGCAGCUAGUGGAGGAAAUCCAGACUCUGUAACUCUCUUGCUGGAGUAUGGAGCUGAUGCCAACAUCCCUAAGAAUUCAGGCCACCUGCCCAUUCAUGUGGCAGCUGACAGAGGCCACUUGUUAGCUCUGAAGAUUUUGGUUCCAGUCACAGAUUUUGCUGCCAUUAAGCAGAGUGGCAUCAGUCCAGUUCACUGUGCAGCAGCAGGAGCACACCCCAAAUGCCUGGAACUUCUCAUCCAGUCUGGGUUUGAUGUAAAUUUCAUGCUAGAUCAGAGAAUUCGCAAACACUAUGAUGACCACAGGAAGUCAGCUUUGUAUUUUGCUGUAUCAAAUGGUGACCUCUCUUCAGUUAAGCUGCUUCUGAGUGCUGGAGCUCUGCCUAAUCAAGACCCAGUUAACUGCCUCCAGGUAGCCCUAAGGAUGGGCAACUAUGAGCUGAUAAGCCUGCUGCUACGGCAUGGGGCCAACGUUAAUUACUUCUGCAAAGUCAACCCUUUACAUUUCCCAUCAGCACUUCAAUACACGCUGAAAGAUGAAGUCAUGCUCAGGAUGCUGUUGAAUUAUGGGUAUGACACAGAGCGAUGCUUUGACUGUCCUCAUGGAGACAAAGUUCAUCCUUUCUAUACUUUUGUUGAAGGCUGGACAUCUACAGUUAUCAAAGAUACUAUGUUCUGCGAAGUAAUAACUUUGUCAUGGCUGCAACAUCUCUCUGGAAAGGUUGUUCGAGUGAUGCUUGAUUAUGUUGAUCAAGUUAGGAUCUGUUCAAAGUUGAAAGCUGUGCUCCAAAAACAGAGGCUCUGGUCAGAAAUCCAUUUUAUCUUGACAAACCCUCGCUCCCUGAAACAUUUGUGCCGCCUCAAGAUCCGGAAGUGUAUGGGACGUUUACAUUUGCGCUGCCCCAUCUUCAUGUCAUUUCUUCCGUUACCCAAUCGUCUAAAGGCAUAUGUCCUUUACAAAGAAUAUGACCUUUAUGAGCAAGGAAUUUUCACAGGAACCUGGUAA